AUGGCAACGAACGGCCAGGCCGCCGACGAAAGCCCCACCAACCCUGAACUCGAUAUCAAGAAGCUCCACGCCCUCCCCACCGAGCAGCAGGACCUGUACCUGCUCACCUUCAGUUCUGACCUCGCGCGUCAUGUGGCUGCUCUAGACGGUGAUGGCGCUUCGGCGCAUCAGAUCUACAUCAAGAAGGAGAUAUUCCAGAUUGUCAACCUCGCGUCCCCCGCACCCACGCGUGUCAUUCGAAACAACCUGGGACGAGCGAUUGCAGGCAUAUUCGAAAAGGGAGACAGGAAACUGCUAUUUGAAUCCAUCAAUGAUUCCGUAAACAUACUCAAUGCUGCUGGCAAGAGCGAAAAGGAUAUCAGGACCAAGCACGCGGCUGCGCAUUGCUUGGGCUCUAUCUUCGAGGCGGCAGGGGACAGCGCUAUCCAGCUGUCGCCUUUGGCAGUAAAGACAUUGUUGGGACUCGUCAAGUCUGCGCAGAACCACACUGGUCUGAGGGCAGCGCUGUUCAAGGCUGUAGGAAAGGUGUUCAAAGGGGUCAGCUCCCAUGCGGAUGAACUGAUUACUAGAGAUGCUUGGAAACAGGCUCGCAAUGCUGGCAGCGACAAGUCCUAUAUUGUCCAGACAGCUGCCUGCUAUUGUCUCGAGCAGUUGAUCCGGUACACACCCUUCUUCGAUAACUCGACCGACUUUGAUAAACUACAAAACGUAGUCUGGAAGGUUAUAGACAGUCCUUCGUCGUCUGUGAGACAUGCAGUGGCAUCAUGCAUCAGCGCUGCGCUGGUAAAGAACUACUCCGAGAACGUACCGGUCGAUAUUCCUGUCCUCACACGAUCAAAGACAGCAAAAAGGAAAAGCAAGAAGCCAGGGGAUGACGAUGGCGACGAUAUCAUCAUGGAGCGCUCCGAAUCGCCUGCGCCGAAGAAGUCUGCAAUGCAGCUUUCUUUUACCAUUGAGAGUCUUCUCAAGUUACUUGCAACGCAAUACUGUCGGCCACAGGCUGGCAACCGUGCUAGGGCUGGAAUUGCGGUAUGCUAUAUCAAGACUAUCAAGGGCUUGGGCGAGCACAUCAUUGAGAGCAAAUACUCGGACAUUGCGCGAAGCCUUUUUGUUGAUGUUCUCAGCAAUAAUGUCAUUGUACAGAACCGCUAUCGCACUCUCAGCACACGCAAGUUUGUUGCAGUCAUUUUGGAGAGUGUUGUUGGCCGCGGCCUGCUUGGAGAGUCUGGACAACUGCACGCCGUGAAAUUUCUGGUCAACGACAUCCUCAAGGAUUAUCCUCAGGUGUUGAAAGAGCGCCCAGAGCCUACAAAACAGACACUGGUUGGUGCUCUCAGCACUCUGUCUUCUCUGUUCAGCAGUCUUGGAUCGGCUACCAAUGCAGUCGCAGACUCCUGUCGAGAUGCCUUGAUUCAAGUCUUGCAGCAUCCGAGUUACACUGUUCAAGUGACAGCAUCCGCUUGUCUACGCGCUUUCGUUCUUGCUUGUCCUCUUCAGCUACUUCCUGCUGUCACUAUAUGCAUGAACAGCGUCAACAGAGAGCUUGGUCUCCUCGCAGGGCCGCGACAGUCGCCAAGGAAAUGCGUCGGUUUAGCCAACGGUCUCUCCGCUGUGCUGAGCACGUCGACCUCGCAACCAUUACAUGGUUCCGUAGAUGUAAACUCUAGGGUACUCUCACAAGCCACAUCAUUGUUGAAAUCGGCCAGCAACUCCGAUCUGAGAAUUGGUGCUACUCAGAUACAAGUCGCCUGGAUCUUGAUUGGAGGUCUGAUGACUUUGGGGCCAAAUUUUGUCAAGAUCCAUCUUUCGCAAUUACUCUUGUUGUGGAAGAAUGCACUACCCAAGCCACUCAAUAGAGAUAACAUGGUCCAAAGAAACUACCUAGAGCUCUGCUUCUUGACACAUGUCCGAGAAUGUGCUCUGGGAUCAAUCUUAACCUUCUUGGAGUUCAACAGCCGGAUCCUGACACUGGACGUAACGAAGAGGUUGGCUGCAAUGCUCCAGAACACGACAUUAUUUUUGAAUACAUUGCCAGCCAAGAAGACGACUGAUGAUAUGUCACAAAGGCUCUCGCCAGCAUUGCAACUUUAUGAUUUCGAUCUGAUGGUCCGAAGGAGAGUUCUGCAAUGUUACACCAAGCUCGUCGAGCUUAGCCCAGCAAGCAGCACGGAAGUGCUACUACAGACUAACUUGCUGCCCUUUGCGAUCGCUUCUUUUGCCGAGCCUGACAAUUAUACUACGAGCUCAUUCAGUACUGCUAUUGCUAGUGCUGCGGGAACGUUUGAGAGCAUCUGGGAGGUUGCUGACAACCACGGUUUUGGUGUCACUGGAUUAGUCCGCGGAUAUGAUAUUACACCUCUCCCAGGCGAGCAAGAAACUCAUACUCAUAAUCACUGGCUCACUCGGCAUGGCCCUGAGGCUAUUAUCGACCGCACCCUUCUCUCUCCGAUCUGUGGAGCUCGCGAACAUGACUCGAUUUCGCUAUAUAUCAGGAAGUCGGAAGAGUCUUAUGAGCUUCCAGAUCCACCAGCUACUGAGGUGGUCAAUGCAGCACUUCAACUGUUUGCGAUUUGUCUUCCCUUACAGACGGCUAGGAUACAAGAAAGCAUCUUGGAACAGAUGACAUCUUUUCUCUCUGCAAGCAGUUUGCAGCGGGAUAUCAACAGAAAGACUGCCAUGAUGGUUAACAUUGCGUAUGCGGUUUUGUCUGCACUGAAGGUUGCAGUAAAGGAGACACGCUCAGCUCCCGGGAGUCUCAAAGGAGCAGCGGUUGAGAAGGUCAUGCAGGAUCUGUUACACCUGUUCAUCAUUCUGCCGGACCCCUUCAUCCGAAACCUCGCAGGAGAGGCACUAGGUCGCCUGUGCAAUAGCUCUGGAAAUGCGCUCACUACUACUGAAGUCAAUUAUUUGGUGGACCAAAUCGUUGCAAACCGCGAACCUAAUGCUCGUUCUGGAUAUGCAGUUGCCCUUGGCUGCAUACACUCCCAGCUUGGUGGGAUGGCUGCUGGUUUCCACCUCAAGAACAUACUGGGGAUACUUACGUCUCUUGGCGAUGAUCCACAUCCAGUUGUACACUUCUGGGCAAUGGAUAGCCUGUCGCGAGUCGCUGAUUCUGCCGGCCUAUCGUUUUCAAGCUAUGUCACAAGCACACUCGGCAUGCUGGCGCAUUGGUAUGCUGCAGAUACACACAACGAAGAAUCAGCAUCUCUUCCAUACUCAAACAUUGAGAUCGAUAUCCCCACUCCUGCUGUUAUUGCACGAUGUGUUGACAGUAAUAUCAAUGUACUGGGGCCAGAUCUACAGGAUGUCGCAAAAUCAAGAGAUCUGAUCAUGACCCUUGUAGGGCUAUUCCAGGGCGAUACCGAUGAACUUAUUGUCAUCGAGAGUUUGCGUUGCCAGGAACAUAUCUCGCUCUAUGCGCCAGGUUACAUGGACUUCUCGGCCUAUGUCAAGAAUCUACAGCGAUCUAUAGAAAGUAACUCAACACAGAUCCGUGAUAUGGCCAUCGACGGCUUGCACAACAUCAUGAGGCGUAAUACAGAAGAGGUUAUACGUGCGGCUGAGCCGGGUCUGGAAGAUCAGCUGUGGCACGUACUUGACCGUGAUCCAGAACAUGAAGUUGUGCGAAAUAUUAUUCGCAAUUGGCUACAUCAGACCGGUUUAUCAGACACAGCAACGUGGGUACAGCGAUGCCAUUCCGUCCUGACCAAGACGAAAAAGGUGGAAACUCAGGACAAGAUUGAGCAGAAACCGAAAGUGGGCGCAGCAGAGAUCCAGGAUGAGGAAGUUGCAGGUUUUGCAUCUGCAUCAAAUGCGCCAGGCGCUGAGUCAGGAGAUGGCGUACAAGUGAGCCAAGAGCUGCUCAAGUGGCAAGUCCGGACAUUUGGUAUGGACUGUUUGAGCGAGCUUGUUGCAAUGGUCAGCAAGGAAGCUGCCUUCCGAGAAGAAGCGCCUUGUGUGAUGGCAUUGCAGCAAAGAGUAGCUGAUGUGGUGCGCAUUGCCUUCUCUGCAUCUACUGCUGGCGUUGUUCAGCUGCGGAUACGCGGUCUCAAAAUCAUUGACCAAGUUCUCAAGCUAUUCGGCAAAACGCCUGAUCCGGAUUUUGCUGAAGUUACCCUACUUGAACAGUACCAGGCCCAGAUCGGUUCGGCACUCACACCAGCCUUUGCAGCAGACUCAUCGCCAGAGCUUGCAGCUGAAGCUGUAAACGUAUGUGCUACAUUUAUUGCGACUGGUAUUGUAACAGAUGUGGAUCGAAUGGGCCGUAUUCUCAAGUUGCUCGUGUCAGCACUUGAAAACUUUUCCAGUGAAUCUGAGACUGCAUCGAUAGGCGAUCUCAAAGGGUUGAGCUCAAAUGCUCAGGUCAUGGUCAAAAUGGCAGUCUUCUCGGCUUGGGCCGAGUUGCAGAUUGCUAGUGCCGAGCAGACCUACCUGAGAGACGUGCUUAAGCCGCACAUUGCUAAACUAACACCUCUUUGGCUGGCGUCGCUGCGGGAAUAUGCUCGCCUCAGGUUCGAGCCCGACAUUACUUCCUCUAUGGGUUCUGCGUCGCUCUCUGGUAGCCUUGACACAAUCUAUGCGGCGCUCAACCGUGAGACGUUGUUGAAGUUCUAUCAAGAUACCUGGCUCAACCUUGUCGAUGCAAUUGCUAGUCUCAUCGACGAGGAUAGCGAGUUCGUGUUUGACGCACUUGAUGGAAAGACCGAACUGUCCGAGUCGGAUCCGAACCCAAGAGCUGAUCAUAUUAACUAUCGCGACGAGCCCGUUGCCUUCUUCUUUGUGCUAUUCGGUCUUGCAUUCGAGGCCCUUGCAGGUCGUCCAGGUGAUCUCCAAGCAUCCAAGGAGCAGAUUUUGGAGAUACUUCAGGCUUUGAAGAAGAUCUUGCGGCCUUCAGUAUCCGGACAUGCUAUAUAUCAAGAGGUUGUGUUCUCGGAGACGAUGGAUAUGCUCGAUCGGUUGGUGCUCACUGAAGGCUUGACCAUACAGACAGUCAUCGUUCAAAUUACACGAAACCUUUGCAUUGGCCACCCAUCUGCAAGGAGAGAUCAAGGAACUACUUCUGCAGACGAACAUCUCUCAGAAGACAUUGACCAGCUGUUUGAGUUGACCAAGAUCAUGGUACUAGUACUAUCAGGUUUAAUACCCGGGUUGGAAGACAGCAAAUCCAAAGCUCGCCACGAAAUGAACGAAGAAGCUGUUGCUCUGCUCACAACGGCAUUGUCUGCGCUGGUGGAUGCUGCACAAGUCUUCCCAUCCAUUAUCAAAGCCGAUCUUCAUGCUUGCAUUCUUCACAUCUUUGCAUCCAUAGUUGGCACUGGAGAAUGUCAAGCAACAGUCAUCCCGCAAGCGUUGCCAAUCUUCAAACGCUUCAUCAACAGUCUCGCGCCAGAUGCUGAAGCCACAGACGACACUGGCAAGCAACUGCGUGCGACGCUGGCGCGAUUCCUUGCCAUUCUCAGACACGCCCAAAAGCGGGAAUUUGAUGCUGCUCUUGCGUGUGAGAAAAACACUAUUCUCACGACUACUAUCUUGUUAAGCUCUGCAUCAUCUGCACUUACACCUAACGAUCCACUCAUCCAACGAUUUGUUGAUGAUCUUUUUGAUUGUCUUAGUACGGUUACCACCAGCAAGGUAGCUGCUGGGUGUUGCCGUUCCCUCCUUCUCUUGCCCAAAAAAGGCGCUUUUGAGACAAGUCUUGCGAAGCUUCUUCUUCCGCCUACUCUCUCUUUCCUCGCAAUACCUUCAGAGGUAGAAGGCCUCGAGGAGUCCCGCACAACCCUCGCCCAGACCCUUGUCAGCUUCGUCUCAACUCUUCCAGAGCCAGCACAACGGCAAGUCGCGUGCAAAAUCAUCAUUCCUGCCUUGCUAUCACGGGCACAGAACGAACCAAAGGCAACCCAAGAAACAGCGGCAAGGCUACUUGAGAUCGCUGGUGCCGACCAACAGGCGUUCAGAACUGUGGUGACUGGACUGACGCCUGAGCAAAGAAGCUUCAUGGAAGGGGUGUUGAAGAGCGGGCAAGGGCCUAGGAGACAGGAAGUUAAUAGGGAGGAUGACGGAAUGCCCAAGAUUGCGCUCAAGAUGGAUUUUGGGUCAUAG